GUCAGUCUCGUUCUUUCUCUUGUCAAACGAUGUUUUCCGAGAGUGCGCUGUGCUACUGGGGCCGGCGCACGGGAUUGUGGGUAGUGUGGUGACAACCGAAUGCUUGUCUCUUUAAAUCUGCUUUUAGGGAAUGAAUGAACUAGCGAACAGCACCAGGUAAAGGCCACAGCCUUGAACCGCCCAGCUCCUACGAUCUGUGAAGCGACGCCGCUCCAGCCCCCCUCCCCUCCCCUGAAAGCCCCCGGACUAUGAGAAUGGUGUUGUCACAGAGGCAGAGGGAGGAACUCAACAAGGCCAUUGCCGACUACUUGGCAUCCAAUGGCUUCAUGGAGGCUCUCGAGUCUUUUAAGAAAGAGACAGACAUGCCGGGGGAUAUUGACAAGAAGUAUGCAGGCCUGCUCGAGAAGAAGUGGACUUCUGUCAUCAGGCUGCAGAAGAAGGUGAUGGACUUGGAGGGCCGGCUGGCCGAGGCGGAGAAGGAGUACAUUUCGGGCACCCCAAGUCGGGAGAAGCGCUCCCCGAUGGAGUGGAUCCCCCGGCCCCCCGAGCGGUCGGCCCUGCUAGGGCACCGGGCCCCCAUCACCCGGGUGCUCUUCCACCCGGUGUACAGCGUCGUGGUGUCUGCCUCCGAGGAUGCCUCCAUCAAGGUGUGGGACUACGAGACGGGAGACUUCGAACGGACGAUAAAGGGACACACGGACUCUGUGCAGGACAUAGCCUUUGACCACACUGGCCAGUUCUUGGCCUCCUGCUCGGCCGACAUGACCAUCAAGCUGUGGGAUUUCAAGUCCUACGAAUGCCUCAGGACCAUGCAUGGGCACGACCACAACGUGUCGUCGGUGUGCUUCCUCCCGAGCGGCGACCACGUGGUGUCAUGCUCUCGAGACAAGAGCAUCAAAAUGUGGGAGGUGGCCACCGGGUACUGCGUGCGGACGUUCACGGGCCACCGAGACUGGGUGCGCAUGGUGAGGGUGAACAGCGACGGCUCCCUGCUUGCCAGCUGUUCCAACGACCAGACGGUGCGCGUGUGGGUGGUGGGCACCAAGGAGUGCAAGCUGGAGCUGCGCGAGCACGACCACGUGGUGGAGUGCGUGGCCUGGGCCCCCGCCCACGCCCAGCUGUGCGGGGCUGCCGGGGACAGCAACCGCAGGCCGGGGGCCGGGGGGGCCCAGGGUACGGGCCCCUUCCUCGUGUCCGGCUCCCGGGACAAAACCAUCAAGGUCUGGGACGUCAGCACAGGCCUGGCCCUCUUCACCCUGGUUGGGCACGACAACUGGGUGCGUGGAGUGAAGUUCCACCCGGGGGGCAAGUACCUGCUGAGUGCGUCGGACGACAAGACCCUACGCGUCUGGGAGCUGGCACACCAGCGCUGCUGCAAGACCCUAGACGCCCACUCACACUUCUGCACCUCCCUCGACUUCCACCGCACGGCACCCUACGUGGUGACGGGCAGCGUGGACCAGACGGUGAAGGUGUGGGAAUGCCGCUAGCCGCACGCCGAGACGACGAGGAGGGCCCCCUCCGCCUUUGCCACCCUGCCUGCGUCUUCACGCUGCGUGCGACGACCCCCCCUCCCCCUCCCCCCGCCAGGCUCAAGAACGGACUGCAAGGUGCCCGCGGCCGUCUUGGCUCGGCUCGAGCAACGUCUCGGCCCCGCCGCUCGGACCCGUCGUGGAGAGAGCCCAUCGAGGCACCGAGACGUGGGUGCUGUCUCGUGGUUUCCGCUUCACCUGACCCCUUGGGAGUCGCCGUAAUUUUCGAGCUUCAACCUUUCGUUUUCCUCCAAGACCCCUCGCCGGGCCGAGAGAGCCGGACGAUUGGUGGCCACGCGCUUCGAACGAACACGCAAGUCACCGGCGCCGCGCCUCGUCUGCGUUUUCUUUGGGGACGGGAAUAACCUCCACUUUUCGGGGUUUUGCGGCCGCGAACCGCUCGUUGGGGGACGCGGGGCGUCUCUAGAGAGGCUGUGGUGGUUGGUGAGAGCUGGAGCCGAAACCGCGAGAUGCGAACCACCUGCGAAAUUACACUAGUAGCGAAGUCACCGCAUUGGGUCCUCUGUUCCAUCCAGAGGAGAAAACUUCUUUUUUUUUUUGACGAUCCCUCUGGCGGUUUGCCUCAUACGACGCGAUGCGAGUUUAAAGCAUUCGAGGGAGUGUUUUUGUCUUUUUUUUUUUAUUUGUGUGCUUUUCAUUUUAGUAUAAUACUUUUUUACUUUGUAAAUAACCGCGUUCUUGCGCCAACAGUUGGGUUUUAUUUAUACGCUAUAUAUAUAUAUAUAUAUAUAUGUACUUUCCAGGGAAAACUUGCAGUCGGUCGCGAUUAGCAGAGGUAGGCGCUUUGGGGUUCUCUUUUGGGGGGCACACGUUUUUCGUUAGGCGGUACUCGUUCCAUUUUCUUCCGGGGGACGGGGCGACGGCCGCCCGUCUCCGGCUCACGUGCGCGUCUUUAGAGAACUGAAACUACGCUCACGACGUCGAUGGAAACCUUUCCCGUGUGUUGCACACACAAAAAAAAAAAAGGUAAACUAUUCCGUAGACCGCGUGUGAAAGCACUGUCCCACAUAGUAGUCGUAGCGAAACCCGUAAACCUUAAUGUAGCCGCUUCUUUUUUUUUUUUUCUUUUCCUUUUUUGCAGUUAUUGCACAGUCUGUCCUUUCCAACCUUAAGUUGCGUGAGUGUGUGCCGUAUUUACAGGUAUUUAUAGGAAUGCUCCUUGCGAUAGGUUUUUGAAAGAUGCCUCCAAUUGGAGGCUGCCAAACUAUUUUUUUUUCUCCUUGCUGUUUUUUUUCUUUUGGGGGGGGGGGGGGGGGUCUUUCUUUUGUGUACAGUACUUAUACAUAGGGUCCUUCGUCUUUCGGGUCUUAUUUUUGGCAACGACUAUUUUAUCAACCGUUUUCAAAACCAUCGGAACAAAAUAAAAUUUGGUCCAAGUUUUAUCUCAUUCUUAUGGUUGUGUUCCUGUUGUCCUCCAUGUGUCUUUGUUUAGCGGUUCAGAGCUCCCAAAGUCUUUAAUGGGUUUUGCCCAUUUUCCUGUUGGGGCUUUUCCGUGCUUUUCCGUUAGGGCAUAGUCUAAAACAUAUUAAAUAAAAAUUAAAAAUAAUUUGGUACAAUAACUUUAAUAUAAAAAGUUCCCCAUUUUGGUAUUGAUGUUGUGGAUGUGAAAAUAAAACCCGAAAACGAAGAAUUCUACUUAGUAAAGAUAUGUUUGUUUUUCUUUUUCAAAAUAGCUUUUUUUUUUUUUUCUCUUCCGGUUGAAAGCAUAAAAUUUAUCUCAUGCAAUUUUCGCAAUGCAGACUGUCACUGGUUCCUUGUCCUCUGCUGGAAAAUUUGCUGGAUGUAGAAUUGCCGAAUAAAAAACAAUUGCAACUGGA